GUUUUUGUGGAUGGGAUGGGAUUGAGGCUGGGUGAGGGUAGAGAUGGAGGGAUUGGAUUUUGACGACGACGACGCUGCUGUGUAUUUACUUUCCGGACGGGUUCGAUACUUGACGACGGGGAUUACUCGCAAUGCACCAACCCAUCUAACCACCUACCUCCACACCUCAUUUUCGACCACACCAUCCCCACCACCAAUCCACCAACAUAAACCCAAAAUGACGACGACCACGCCCUUCCCAUCCACCCCCAUCGCCUCGCUCCCCGGAACCCCCUACCCCAUCCACGCGCUCGCCUACUCCGCUGCCCCGGCGGCAUACAUACUCACUGGCUCGGGGGAUAGGGCGAUAAGGCUGUAUAACCCGUUUCCGGCCAGCGGCGGGCCGAGGGGCGCGGUGCAGCCGGGGAAAUUGGUGCAGACGUUUGAGGCGCAUGGGUAUGAGGUUUUGGAUUUGUGUGUUGCUAGUGAUAAUGCGAGAUUUGCAUCUUGUGGAGGGGAUCGAGGGGUGUUCCUCUGGGACGUAGCGACAGCGAAAACGACUCGACGGUUCGGCGGCCAGCACGGCCAUACAGCUAGGAUCAACACCGUAGCCUUCGCGGGCGUGGAUGAGAGUGUCCUCGUCUCCGGUUCCUUCGACGCCAGCGUGCGAUUAUGGGACGCGAAAGCCUCGUCGAUGAAGCCGAUACAGGUAUUGAGUGAAGCGCGGGAUGCGGUACAAGUUGUCCUCGUCUCACCUGCGCGGCCGGCAGAGGUGCUAGCGGGGAGCGUGGACGGAAGGGUCAGGUGCUAUGAUAUCCGCAUGGGGCGGUGCGUGACGGAUGUUAUCGGGGAGCCUGUGACUAGCCUCUGCGCGACGGGCGACGGGGAGGGAGUCCUCGUCGGGUCUCUCGGGGGGGUGAGACUGAUGGAUCGCGGGAACGGAGGGUGUUUGAUGAAGUAUGAGGGGGCGGUGGGUGGGGAGUUUAGGGUGAGGAGUUGUUUUGGGGGGAGGGGGGAGAGGUGGGUGGUUAGUGGGAGUGAGGCGGAUGGGGAGGUGGUGGCGUGGGAUACGAUGACUGGGGGGGAGGUGGCGAGGGUGAAGGUCCCGAAGGGGGUGGAGAGCGGGAAGAAGAGGCUGGAUGCGUUUGGGAAGGAGAGGGAGAGGAGGAAUGUGGUUAGUUGUGUGGCGUGGAGGAGUUGGAAGGGGAGGAAUCAGUGGUGUUGUGCUGGGACGGAUGGGGCGGUGACGGUGUUUGGUGAUGCUGAGAGCUGAGAUGUGGGGGUGUGAGCGGAAGGCAUCUCGGAAUCGAGGAGGCAGGUGAUUGAUACCAGAUCGGCUUCGGGUUGGAGAUAUGAUCUCAGAAUAUGCGACAGGGCCACCGGAUUGUUGAAAUGACUGGCCUUUGAUAAUCAAACUAUGUCUGGGAUUCUUCUGGUAUUCGCCGUUCGAAUAGAAGUGUGUCUGGAAUGAAGCGGGAGCUGGUGUUAAUGAGACCAGUGCUGGAAGAAAAGCUGAGAGUCCUGAAAGCUUCAUGGAUCCGACCUGUUUGAUGCGGAUGAGCUGGAAUAGAAUACUCAGGACAGAAUGAUAAAGCCUGGAAGCAUGCCCUGUGCUUGCAACGAGAGCGUUCAAAUCUUAUCGAAACAAAGAAAUCUAGCGUGGUGAUAUGCGAAAGGGGGCGAACAACGUCAACAAAAGCUUCAAACAAUGAACGCCCAAACAACCCCCGCAUUCGACCUCCCUCACAGCCUCCAAAAGCAGGCCCCAGAAAUAUAAAAAAAAGCCAAAAAGAAUGGUCUGAUCCAGGAUCGAACUGGAGUCUCCACUGAUUCUCAUCCGCAAGCCCGCAAGUAUCCAAGGAGCUUGAGUGCCAUAGGCCCAAAAUCGGAAGUUGAGAGGCGGUGUCUUACCAUUAGACCAUCGGACCUUUGGAAUUAAAGGGUUGCCGCUUGGGCUGAUGAGUAUAGUUGCCCCGGAUGCUUAUCGAAGCUGGAGCCUCAGGAACCAGGUCUCCCUCCUCCUCCCACUCCUCAGGCAAGCGGAAGCCAGCUCAGCGGCUGUACCUUGCCUAGGGGGGACCUGGUUCCUGAGCUCGGCCGGAGACGCUCCCCGCUGGUUGGCAAGACGAGCAUUUUCAUACGCCUUGGCCCUACUAUUCGUUCAAUCAAGAGAGCCGUGCAAUACACAAACUAUAAGGUCUUCUUAUAACA